AUGCAGAGAAGGUUAUCCGAGAUGACCGAACAAGCUAUGCUAGAAGGAGGCCGGUCAGCACAAAGGAACAUAGAGCAGGCGGGGUUCUCGGAAGAUCUCAAGAAGCGGCUGCAGGAACGAAUAGCAGCAACUGCGUUCAAAAACGAAUAUGCUGCAGCUCAUUCAAUCGUCGAUAUGCCGGAAAGUGCAGGUCAAGGUACUCGAGACAUCGCCGGCGCUGCUCCUUGGACAGGGACGGAAAGCCUCCACGACGCCACCCUGCGCAUGUUAGAUAGUUCAAAGAAGCCGAUGCGGGUCCCUUACAAGAUUCCUCAGCCUGCUCCGGUUGAUAUGCGCAUUAGUCCCAAACCCUCAAAGUCCCCGGGCCUCCGAAUCGCCGAUGCGAAAGAGCGCAGCGCCACCUAUACCCUGAGUCAAAGCCCCGGGAUAUCGGGAGACGAGCGUGAAGCCAUGCGAAGGGAGAUGAGCGAGAGAUUCACCGCUGGUGCGCGGCCGAUGCCGAUGACCCUACAAGGAUUAUCAUCUCUUGCAAACGAACGGAUAGAGGAUGCAAUUGCGCGUGGUCAGUUCAACAAUAUCAAGCGAGGCAAAGGCGUCAACGUUCAGUCAGAUCACAAUGCAAAUAGCGCGUUCAUCGACACCACCGAAUAUUUUAUGAACAAGAUCAUACAGAAGCAGGAGAUUGUACCACCAUGGAUCGAGAAGCAACAGGAGUUAGCGAGGGAGGUUGAUAGAUUUCGACAACGUUUGAGGGUUGAGUGGAGACGACAUGCAGCAAGGUUGAUCGCUAGCGAGGGAGGGUCUCUAGAAGCUCAGAUGAGACGUGCCCAGGCUUAUGCGGCAGCCGAAGCUCGACUGGCGGAGAGAACUAAGAUUGAGCAAGCGUUUCGGGAUACGGAAGGCACUGCAUCGUCUACACCACCGGAUGAAACGACGAAGACCGAAACAACCUCAGACUCCGAUGAGAAUCAGCUACCGCACUUUUCGCCCCUACGUGAUCCACAGUACCUCUCAACCGAGCGUUCGUAUCAUGAGCUUCAAAUCAAGCACCUUAAUGCCUUGACUCGCUCGUACAACCUUCAAGCACCACCCGUCGCCCAGAAGCCGUAUCUCAAUCUGGAACGGGAACUAAAUAAUUGCUAUGCAGAUGUCGCACCAAGUUUGGCUGAGGAGAUCAAACGCCGAGCUACAGACAGAGCCAGCCCUCGUGUGCCGACAGCAAAGUCAAGCACCAAUAAGGUACUUAGUACCUUCAGUACUACUCAGACUUCCCGUGUCUACGACGAAGACGCUUCCAAAGGCUAUGGAUUCAAGGAUCUCUGGCGUGACCUGUUCUCAAAAUAG